UGGCCGACGCUCGAUAGCGGGCAGGGCGGACUCGCAGCGGAUUUUUGUGAUUACUGAAUGAUAUUACUUCUACCGAGUGCAUAAUGUGGUGCAAAGAGCUCUUGAAUGGUGGCUGUGUGAGGUGGAUCCGUCCUCUGAAAGCUUAGGGAUCGAAUAUGAGGGUGAAAAUAGCUCAGAGGUUAUAGCAUGAUCGUGGGAGAGUCGAUGGUGAGUCGAUUAACGAAAGGCUUGUUUCGGGAGAGUUAAAAAAGAAAAGAAAAAUUACGAUUCGACACCCUCCUCUAGCCAUCCAACAUGUGGAAUAUGAUGUGUGACGUGAUGCCCACCAUCGCUGAGGACAGCAUCUCUCAGCGGGGCUCGCAAUUCAGCGGAGACGACGCCAACUUUGAGCAGCUGAUGGUGUCGAUGCUGGACGAGAGAGACAAGCUGCUCGACACCAUCAGAGAGACGCAGGAGAGACUCAGCGAGAUCGAGACCAAGUACCAGGAGCUCGAGAAGGAGAGGGACAGCCUGCAGAGACAGCUCGACGCCAAUCUCCCGCAGGUAAAUUUUCGUGAGCUGGCAGCAUGUUCGAUCGCCGUGACAGGUGAGGGCGAAGGAAGGAAGAAAGAAGAGGAGGGAAUAGGAGGAGGGAGGAGGUGGAGGUGGGAGGAGAAGGAGGAAGGAGGAAGGAGGAGGUGGGAGGUAAUAAUGCGAAUGUUAAUAAUAAUGGAAAAACGAAGAAAGCAUUGCGGAGGACCGUAGGGCGACGAUGAUAAGGAUGAGGGAAUAGGAAAGGAACGAAGAAUAGGGGGUGACGUAGAAUGAUAAGAGGAGAUUAUGAAUAAAGUGAAGGAGAGAAAGAAAGAAAAAGGAAUUAGAUGAUGAAUAAGAAAAAAAUAAUAAUAAAAAAGGAAACAAAGGAAAAUAAGAUAAUUAACAGGGGAUAAGAAUUGAGAGAGAAAACAAAUAAAAAAAAAAGAGAGGAAAGACAGAAAUAAAUAAAAGAAGAAGAAAUGAGAAAACAGAAGAGAGUUUUAAUGAAGCAGAUUGACUCGCUUUCCCUUUUAAAGUUUGUCUUUUAGAGUGAUCUCAGGCGGUAGUAAAAAGAAAGAGAGAGAGAGAGAAAGGAAAAAAAUUAUGAUAUCCAGCCACUUUACGUAAUUAUAAACCCUUUUAUUUAAUCCUCCUUGCAUUUUUUUUUUUUUCAUUGGAUAUUGUUUUCUUUUAUUUGUUUUUUUUUUCUAUGCA